GUUAUGUUCCUCUCGGCGGUUGCUCGGCCGCGGUGGGACAACGAGAAAUCGGCUUUGGUUGAUGGAAAGAUCGGUACGUGGCACUUUACCGAGCAAGUACCGGUCAUUCGAGCAAGUCGCAAUCGGCCAGCCGGGACGUUGGAGACCAAACCCGUCAGUGUGACACGCGAUAUGUACCGAGCAAUGCUGAUUGACCAUGUCAUUCCUGCAAUCAAGGCCAAGUGGCCUGUGGGCGAAUCGAGGCGUAUUAUCAUCCAGCAAGACAAUGCCAGGCCGCAUGUUCCUCCACUUGACAGCAGGAUUGUUGACGCCUGCACAAGCGACGGAUGGAUGAUGGAGCUCAAGUAUCAGCCGCCCAACUCACCCGACUUGAACGUACUUGACCUCGGGUUUUUUCGAGCGAUCCAGUCGCUUCAAGAGAAGAACUACUCCCGCAACGUAGACGACAUCGUUGCUGCUUCGGACGAGGCGUGGAAGCAAGUAGAACCCAUGACACUGAAUGCCAAUUUUCUGACUCUACAAUGUUGCAUGCAUGAAGUCAUCCGUGUAGCUGGAAACAACAAUUACAAGAUCCCUCACAUGAAGAAAGCGUCACUUGCCUUGAAGGGCAUGUUGCCUGAGGUUGUCGCCGCCGACGUCGAUGUCCUCAAUGAUGGAUUUGCACUCCUCCGGGCCACCGAUAUGGCGAAAAAGGUCGAUGACUUGUCAGCUGAAGUGGCGGAGGCAUUGGACAUGUGCGAAUUUAGCUCUCAAAUGGAGAAGCUUGCUGUCGAUGGCGAGCUAGAUGAAGAUAUUGAAGGGGACCUGGCGAACCUCUUAGGACUACUUGAGCAUUGA